UUGGCCCCACAAGCCCUUGGCGGUGCUUUCCUGGCUCCGCGACUUGAGUACUCUUGUCGUUUGAACAACUCGAAUAAUGUGGCCUCCGUCAAGUUGUCCUCAUUGCUGUCAGAGACAAAUUCUUCAUCCUUCGUCACAUCAAGGAAUGAAUGUCAGUACACAAUUGACACACCAGAGGGCAAGAUAAUAGAAGAAUGCACUGAGUUCCAUUUCGAUAACUCUACUUUCUCCUCCACCUUUACAUCCGAGUAUCAAUUAGGUUGUGACAGAAGCUAUCUGCAGACCUCCUUCCAAAGUAUGUACAUGCUUGGGUACUUCGUGGCAUCACCCGUCAGCGGCUAUUUGUCAGACAAAUACGGUAGGAAGAUAAUGUUGAGGCUCGGUUACGUCGGAUUCCUAUUGUUGGAUCUGAUGUCUGCCUGGCUGCCUCUUCUCUCCACCAUCCUCGUCUCUCGCUUUUUUCUCGGGUGCCUUCAUGCAGUCUGUGCCUCUGUCUCCUUCGUUCUCAUGAUAGAGGUCAUGGAACCCAAAAUGAGGACUGUAGCUGGUAUAGCUGAGGGCAAUUUUUGGGCCGCGAGCAUAAUGCUGUAUGGUGGCUUAGCCUACUUCAUAAGAGACUGGAGGAUUCUCCAGACAGCAGUGACCCUGCCCGCACUACUCAUCCUGCCUGUUUUAUGUUUUAUAGAUGAGUCUCCGCGAUGGUUGUUCAUUAACGGCAAACCUCAGGAAGCCCUCCUAGUUCUCGGCAAGAUGGCUCAAUGGCAUAAUGUUGAAGUUCCACCUGAGGCAGCGAUGACAGAACUGGUUGACGAACUGCAGGAAACACGGGCUUCCACGACCCAGCAACAGCUGUCCUUGUGGGUUCUCUUCAAAUCCAUUAUACAUGGAGCCUUGAUGUUGUUCAGGACACCCCGUCUACGAAUCAUCACCCUCUUCAUCUACGUUGACUUCCUCAUGGUGGGGAUGGUAUACUUCGGACUAUCACUCAGUGGGACGAACAUAAGUGAGAAUCCCUUCGUGUACAUGGUGCUGUCCGGUGUUAUGGAGGUACCAGCCUAUUCUCUCACUAUUCCCAUUGUGCAUCGCUACGGCAGAAAGCGCACGCUUUCCGUUUUGUUCGUCAUCAGCGGAAUCAUUCUCCUUUGUUUAGCCUUCAGUUCUGCAGCGAAAAGCACCGUCGCAGUAACUCUCGCCUUGAUGGGAAAGGUGACUAUCACAGGGAGCUUCCAAAUUGCCAUCAUCUUCUCUGGCGAACUUUUCCCAACGGAGGUGAGAAGUCGAGGCGUUAGUACCUCCUGCAUGAUGUCCCGACUAGGGGGGAUUGUGGCGCCUUUCAUCACGGAUGUGGUGGGCACCGUUUACCCUUGGGCACCUUUCUUUGUCUUUGGGUUGGGUGCUUUGGUUGCAGGAGCAGGAACCUUGUUGCUGCCGGAGACUAGUAACCAAAAAAUGCCUGAAACCGUGGGGCAACUGGAGUCGAGGGAGCCACUCAGGAGAAAGCUACGUUCAGCGCCUGUUUGAACUGCGUCAAUCAACGAUCGUUUUGCUACGCCCACCAUCGUCGAUCCAACAACAUAUACUUCCUCCUCCUCUUUUAGUGUCUUUUCUUGUGCUAGGCGUGACAUAUACUGUCCUUGGUUCCAGAGUUUAGACCUGAAAAUAAAUAGAACAUUAUGGAAUUGACAAGAUAAAAUUCUGGAAUAAGAGAAUUCCAUGCAUCAUACAGUACAUUUAAACAAUUUUAAAAGAGAAUAUGUCAAAGAAACCACACUCUAAAAACGGCACGUUAAAAUAAAAUAAUUUCCAAGGAAAUGAUACAGUAAUGAAUUGCCGUAUUUAGGUCAUUCAGGAUGUGUUGGUAUAGCUUUAUCUUAUUUUUUUUAUUUAUUUAUUUAUUUUUAUUUAUUUAUUUUAUUUAUUUAUUUAUUUUUAUCUAGAAAGGGCAAGGGCCAAGGGCAACAAAAUUUAUAUGAAAAAGGUACACUCUAAUGUCAAUCCACAAAUAAGAAGAACCAAAAGGGUUAACUAAAACUAGAGAAAUGUAUUGAGGGAGAAGCACGUAAGGCGUUCCGGAGUUUGGCAGUGAAGGGGAUGAAAGAGUGCAAAUACAGAUUUACUGAUGCUUUAGGAAGGUGGAAAGAAUAAUGGUGAUGAAAAGCAGAAAAUCUUGUGCAGCGAGGACGCAAAAGUAGGGGAAAUAUGUAAUUAUAUUGGAGCAUUUGAAUAUUUACUAAUAACUAGCAGUUACAUAUACACAAUGUGGAGGUAUAUGUAUAUAUAAUUCAAUACAUCUCAUAUUUACAUAACUAUAGUUUGCCUUUUAGAAGAUCCUCCAAAGUAGAUGUGCCUCUGUUUUUUUGCCUCUGCUGGUUGGAGGGAGCUAAGGAGGUAUUAUUCUGAUUUUCCUUGGAAUGACUGCUGCUUCCGUGUCAGAGAACCGACUCUUUGUGCUGAGCAAAUAACAGGUGUCUGGCAUCGAGGCGUACAUUCCUCAUUCUUUCUCUCGACCUAAAGCUCCAAACCUUGGUUUUACGCAGCCUGUUCUCGUGUUAUAAAUGACAGAGAGGUGGCCCAGAAAAGAUAUUUGACUCUCCCAUCACCAGAAUCUCAUGCACUUUAAAUUUCUGCCCUCAGUCAUGCCAAGUCUGUUUUCCAACUUGCCAAAACUUCUUCAUUACCAGAAAGUGUAAAAAUUUUUCUAGCUCUAACUCCCCUCGUGUUUUUUUUUUUUUUUUUUUUUUUUUUUUGCACCUACCCAAAAACAUCUCCAGUAAGUUUGCUUGUUCAUCUUUCACUCCCUGAUGACACCACUGCCAUCUCAUCUGUUUCUAAAGCUGAACUCUUCUCUCAAACCUUUGCUAAAAUAUCUACCUUGGAUGAAUCAGAGCUCGUUCCUCGCAUUCCACCCUCUAACUACUUCAUGCUACCCAUUAAGAUCCUUCGCAAUGAUGUUUUCCAUACCCUUGCUGGCAUUAAUCCUCGGAAGGCUUAUGGACCUGAUGGGAUCCCUCCUAUUGUUCUACGAAACUGUGCCUCCGUGCUUGCCUUGUCAGACUCUUCCAACUAUCUAUUAACAUUUACCUUUCCUUCUUGCUGGAAGUUUCCCUACAUUCAGCCUGUUCUUAAAAAGGGUAACCGUUCUAGUCCCUCAAAUUAUCGUCCUAUUGCUUUAAUUUCCUGCCUUUCUAAAUUUUAUUAAUCUAUCCUCAACAGGAAGAUUCUUAAACAUCUAUUAUUUCACAACCUUCCAUCUGAUCGCCAGUAUGGCUUCCAUCGAGGCUGCUCUACUGGUGAUCUGGCUUUCUUUACUGAUUCUUCGUCAUCCUCUUUAAAGAAAUUUGGUGAAACUUUUGCUGUUGCCUUAGACAUAUCAAAAGCUUAUGACAGAGUCUAGUACAAAGAUUUGGUUUACAAACUUCCCUCCUACGGUUUCUAUCCUUGUCUCAAGUUUAUUUCUGACCGUUCUGUUGCUGUUGUGGUAGACAGGCACUGUUCUCUUAAAUCUAUAAACAGUGGUGUUCCUAAUGGGUAUAUCCUUCCACCCACUUCUUCCUAUUAUUCAUCAAUGAUCUAAACCAAACUUUUUGUCCUAUCCACUCCUAUGCUGGUGAUACUAACCUGCACUUUUCCACGUCUUCUCAUAGACAUCCAAUCCUUCAGAGAGUAAACAGUUCACUCAGAGAAGCCACAGAACACCUGACCUCUGAACUCUCUAAAAAUUUUUGAAUGGGGAGAGCAAACUUAGUAUAGUGCAAUGUCUCAAAAACUCAAUUCCUCCAUCUAUCAAUUUGACACAAGCUUCCAGAUAACCAUCCCCUCUUCUUCAGUGACACUCAACUGCCCCCCCUCUUCUACACUGAACAUCCUCGCUCUUUAAUAUAGUUAUAAUUUAAACUGGAAACUUCACAUCUCAUCUCUAGCUAAAACAGCUUCGAUGAAGUUAGGAAGUCUUCAGCCUCCCUCUCAUCGCCGCAAUGUUGCAUUUCUUGUUAUCUUCUACCGCUAUUUUCAUUCUAACUGCUCUUCUGAUCUUGCUGACUGCAUGCCUACCCUCCUCCCGCAGCCUCACUGCACAGGUCUUUCUUCUUUCUCUCACCUCUAUUCUGUCCAUUUCUCUAAUGCAAGAGUUAACCAGUCAUUUAUCCUUUUCUCUGAUAAACUCUGAAACUCCCUGACUUCUGCUUUCCUCCUUCCUAUGACUUAAACUCUUUCAAGAGGGAGGUUCCGAGACACUUUUGACGACCUCUUUUGACUCUGUUCGGGGAGCAGCAUCUCAAGGGGCCUUUUUUUUUUUUUUUUUUCUUGUAAUUAUGUUGUCCUUGGCCGGUGUCCCUCGUACAAAAAUAAAUAAAUAAAUAAAAGAAUAAAUAAAAAUAAUGGGGAAUAAGCUCGUACGAAGAUCAGUGACAUGUUGAAGUAAAUUUAUGUUGAAAUCGAUGAGUAGAAUCGCUUUUGUAUGUCUAAAAGUUUCAUUAGAUAGUAACUCGUUGGUAAUACAUAUUAAUUCAUUAACAGCUAUAUGUUUACUGUUGAGCCUGCAGAUAACUGAAAUUAUAUCAUCCAUGUGUCCUAUUUUUAGUUUAAAUGAAGUAAUUUCAAUGUGUCUAUUAAUAAAAGAGAUCUGGUUUAGAACAUCUGCAUUUAUUACAAUAUAAUUAUACAAUAUAAAUAUAAAUAUAUACAAUAUAAAUAGUAAUCACUCCAUGUUUUCUAUCAGUUCUUAGUGAAAUGAGUAUAAGCUUCCAUAGAAUAAAGAUGUUUAGUGUGUUCUUGUAGCCAUGCUUCUGCAAUAACAAUUACAUCAGAUAGUUUACAUAAACUGCUAAGAAA